UUAUACACAGUUUCAUAGUUGUGCUUGAUAUAUCCCAUCCAGUUCUGUACCUGUUACAUCUUGGAGUGAAUGUUAAAAAUCCUUUGUUACCAUGGUGCAGGACAAUCCAGAUUACGAACUUAAGAUAGAAAGAGACGUCGUAGAAAACGAAAUUCAGGAUGAAGUCGAUGAGCCAAAGGUUUCUAUUGUGGACAUCAAAGACGAAGGCAGAGUCAAGGGUGACAUCUUAUACAAGGUGGAUGAAACUCCUCGUUGGUAUCUCUGUGUCCUACUUGGGAUUCAGCAAUAUCUGACGAUGUUCGGAUCGACUGUGGCAUAUCCUUACAUGAUUACACCUAAGCUGUGCAUCCAAGAAUCCGACCCGGCUCGAGGCUACAUAACAUCAACAAUAUUUUUUGUGUCAGGUUUAGGGACCCUAAUCCAGUCAACAUUCGGAACAAGGCUUCCGAUAAUUCAGGGUCCGUCUUUUACUUUUCUGGCUUCGAUAUUUGCUAUUUUAAAUUUACCUCAGUGGAAAUGUUCUAGUGAGGAAGAAAUGCUGUCGGCAACAGAAGAAGAGCUACAAGAAAUCUGGCAACUCCGAAUGAGAGAGAUCCAAGGUGCUAUUAUUGUGGCAUCCAUCAUUGAAACGGUUAUUGGACUCACAGGUGUUAUUGGAAUAAUACUUCAGUGGUUAACUCCUUUAGUUAUCGUCCCAACCAUAGCGUUGAUAGGACUUUCUCUAUUCGAAGAAGCAGCUUCUGAAGCUAGUAAAAACUGGGGAAUAGCUAUUUUGACAAUAUUCCUUCUUGUGCUCUUCUCCAAGUACCUUGAAAGCAUUAAUAUCUCUUGUUGUAGCUACAGCAAAGAAAGAGGAUGGAAGAUCAAACAACUCCCCUUUUUCAAGCUUUUUCCAGUGUUACUAACCAUUGUUACUGCGUGGGUUAUUUGUUUCAUAUUAACUGCUUCAGGUGCUCUAGGACCAACCAACGCAGCCAGAACUGAUCUUCGUGUACAGACGAUACACUCGAGCCCAUGGUUUAGGUUUCCUUAUCCAGGACAGUGGGGUUUACCAACAGUCAGUAUUGGUGCAGUUUUGGGAAUGUUUGCCGGAAUAUUAGCAUCGAUAUUGGAAUCAAUAGGAGAUUACUACGCAUGUGCGCGACUAGCUUGCGUACCUCGCCCUCCACCUAGCGCUAUAAAUCGUGGAAUAUUUGCAGAGGGAAUUUCCUGUAUCAUCUCUGGAAUCUGGGGAUCUGGAAGCGGAAUGACUUCCUACAGUCAAAACAUUGGAGCAAUUGAAAUAACAAAAGUGGCCAGUCGACGGGUUAUUCAGUAUGGUGCUGUUACCAUGAUCAUGUUUGCCGUUCUGGGGAAGCUUGGAGCCUUCUUAAACACUAUUCCAGAGCCCAUUAUUGGAGGAAUCUUCUGUGUUAUGUUUGCCAUUAUAACGGGAGUUGGACUGUCCAAUGCCCAAUUUAUCGACCUCCACUCUUCCAGAAAUAUUAUUAUCCUUGGACUAUCUUUAUUUAUGGGGAUUACCAUUCCAAAGUGGUUUAAGGGCCACCCAGGUACUAUUGAUGUGGGGAAUGACGCAGCAAACCAACUUAUUACAGUUCUUUUGAACACUGGUGUAUUUGUUGGUGGACUCAUUGCGUUCGUGUUAGACAAUUCCAUACCAGGGACGGAUGAAGAAAGAGGACUCAUCAAAUGGAGAGAACAAGGCCUUGAACAUAAUAUAUCUGAAGGUGAUGAGUCGACACUUUCGUCACCUUCAACCUAUGACCUCCCGUUCGGCAUGGACGUAAUUAAAAGACAUAAGAUUUUCAAGUACAUUCCUAUCAGUCCAACAUACGACCAGAAUAUAUUUCUUGGUAAAUUAAGAGCAUUAUUUAACAGACUUAAACCUCAAAAGAAUAAUAAUCAUAACAUCGACUCUCAAAAUUAAGAUCGCCUUUUUUAUUUACAACGAUUAACAGAAAAGUAAAUAUAAAUGUAUGGUUGGUUUGAUAUAAUAAGACCAGGUUAUUUUAAUACCUUUUUUUAUAUUAGAAUCUUCAUAAUUUGCAAAUUCCUAUUCCUAUAUCUUAGCUAAUGCUACUGGAAAAAUGUGCGUAAACGGAAGUAUUAGAAUCGUGUUUCUACAGAAAUAGAUCUAAAUCAAGUUAUUGUACAACCUGCAGCGUGGUAGUUUCCGUUAAGUUCAUGUAUAAUUGAAACAAAAUACAUAAAAUAAGAAUUUGUAAUUUUCGUCACCUCUUGUCCAGUUUAGGUGCACAAGUACUUUAGACAAACAAUACUCGACAAAAUGUGUUGAAACC